AUGUCAACAGUGAGCAGUGACCCCAACGCAUAUGAGGCGAUAGACCAAUCCUUUGCCUUCGCCGCAACGCUAAAUCUCAACGGACAGUAUGUGAGGUCAAUUGCGGAAGGGCUCACGAUAAUCAAAACCCUGUCGCCCCGGGAUAUUUACCCGGCCGCGUUGAUGAUCCAGGAUCAUGCCCACGGCGUCAUGGGGGACGCUGUAAGGUCGUUACAAGAGGUACAUGACUUUGUUGAACAUGGAGAGUUCUGGAGGAUGCAUGAAAAAAGCCUGGAAUCAUUCCGAGACUCAUGGCAGGUCACACGGGAUGCGAUAAAAGUCCAGGAAGGGCUCGAUCGGUUUAAGGCGAAUGUACGGAAGCGAGCGAUCCUCCAGUGGGGCGAGCAGCGGGCCAACACUCUUCUGAUACGCAUAGGAAGCUACGCCAUGCUCCGAAAGGUCAGUAAGACUAUCAGUGAGGGGCUAUCGUACCCUGAGCUCCAAGCUGCUAUCAACAACGCGAUUGUGUACCGGAAGUCUAGACGUGGCCGUGGCAUUCGCCAGUAUGCUCGAAUCAUGCAAAUUGAUCUCGACGUAGCGCUAGCGCAGCGGAAUUUCGAACCUCUCAAUCCUGAAACCCUAUACACGCUCGCGCUUGGGGUAGAUAUGGAUGGAUUUAUCUGCUCAAUUCGACCAGGUUGCCAAAUACGGGCUACGGGCAUAAUACCACCAGUACCGCUAGUACAACCUGCGGGGGCCGCGAACGCUAUAGACCCCCCGGAGUCCCUAGAGAAGAGACCCCGCGACGAGACGCCAUCAUCAAUAUUAUCACCGUUGUCAUCUUUGCCAUCAACCCCCUCUGUUCUAUCUGACGACGAGCAGGACGACGAGGAGCAAGACGACGAGGAGCAGGACGACCAGGACGAUGACGACGAGGAGCAGGACGACCAGGAGCAGGACGACCAGGACGAUAACGACGACGACGAGCAGGACGACGAGGAGCCUCUUCCUCGCCCUCAAAAGCGAUUACGCCUAACUCCUAAGAACCCACUUGCCAGCUGUGGCUGUGCUCUUACAAAUGCCGCAAUUCGGCGUCUUCUAAGGGGGACCGAGCUCCCUACCGAUACCCUCAAGAAGCAGCUACUCCGACAGGUUGGAAAAGCAAUGGCGACCCGGAGUGCUGCAUAUACCUCUCCAUCACUAUCUCUCUGCAAUCUCCAUACCCACGGGCUAUGUAAACGCUUAGGCCUUUACUGUCGUAACCCGUACAAAGAAUUACUCCGGCGGUUGCGUGAGCUAUAUGCAAAUCUUGGGGAAUGGGAUCAGAUGAAAGGUCGGUAUAAGGGUUGGUUUAAAAACGUGACAAGUAAUCUAGAAUCGGGAUGGCGGUUCCCGGUUGCGGGUUCGGGUAUGCCGAGGGUUGCGAACCCGGUGCUGAUACAAUCGCUAACGUUCGCUCGACUGUAUAAGCGCUGCUGCGGCCGAGACGCCGACCCUGCGGUUUGGGACCUCGGGCAGCAGCUAGAUCGAGACGGAAGUAUUGUGCUACCAGGGCUGUUUGAAUGGCUGGGGGAGGAUUUCGACGGGAAUCACCCGGGUGGCCUACGGCAUCUGAUCAUGGAGGAAUUCAAUAUGUACGACUGGCAUUACCUGGCCCGCCCGUCUAAGCCUCGUAUUGGUUGGGCUAGGAAUAUGUGGUUUAGCUUAGUACAGCAGAUGGUUCGACAGGACCCCGCAUACUAUGCGUUCUACGUCCGAUGCCGUCCGGAUCAUGCGUGGAAGCUGGUAUCAUUCCCCUACUAUGCCAAACGGAUAUACCCCGGAGAACGUACCUUCUUUCGCCAUAUUGACGUCAAUAUCAUCGACUUUGUCCGCAGGAGUCUCGCUCUCUCCGACGAGGAUAGCGGCAACUGCACCGAGUUACUCCUAGGGAUGCAUCGCGAGAUCGCUACGUGGCAUAGGCGGCUGGUCGACAGAGGGUAUGCCAAGGAUGGGUAUGUGCAGCGGAUUGACGCCGACAUGUGGACCGAGGAUGAUGAGGCCCACUUUGGCUAUGGAUGGACUAAGCAGGUCUGCCGGUUUGGGGAUGUCCGGCUAAGUUUACCUGGCCUACCUCACGGGUCUACCGGCCCGGCGACUGCCCACCGUGUUAAUAUCCUGCCCUGGUUCGUUGCGAUCGGCGAUGAUCACCAAACCUUGGACACCGCGGAGUCGGGUACCUGGGAUGACCUCUCGCGCUGCCAUCGGGAUUUCGACUCGGGUACCAAGACACCCUCCGGUCUGCCGAACAGCACGUACGGUGGUCGGGUGGAUCAUAUAUUUCCCGCGACCGUGCGGCUGGGACGCCUGGGGGCGAUUUCAGAUGCCCUGGUGGGCCAGACGCGAUGGGAUACAGUAGAUGUACGGAGGGAGCUGGAUGUUUUAUUCGGGGACGACGAUGAUAUGGCUUGGGGCUAUGUGCAGUCCUGGAGACGUAACGCCCAGCAGCUCUACUGUGAUGCGUUUGAAAACCUCGUGUUAGCUGAGAAGGAUGCCUUUGGGGAGAAUUCCUACUUCUACCGGAGGGAACGAAAUCUGUCUACGAUCCCGGAGUUCGUUCGUGAUGGUAUCGAAGAUGCUAGGUCCCAGCGUCCCCUAGGUACCCCGGAACCCCCUGAUGCUGAACUCGCCUGGAAGAGCACCGGGACGUAUGUGAAACACCGACGAAACGACGGUACCCCGGAAGAGCUCCUAGAUUACCUAGAAAAGAUCUAUGGUGACCCAAACGCACAAGCACGGGCUGCCCGACGCCUUCACCAGAUCAAUCAAUCUGAAGGUAUGGCUUUCUCGAAAUUCCUACCACGGCUAGAAAAGGAGUUCGCCGACGCUGGAGCACUAGAAUGGCCCGACGAAGCUAAGCGAUAG